UCGGACCUGUCACGAAACAUUACUCGAGGUACGGAGUAGUCGUCGCUCUAUGCACGCUGUCUGCUCCGGAUUAGCACCCCAUCGACGUAUCAGGACAUGUUCAUGAUCCCAAGCGUGGCUUGUGUCGGACAUUGAGCCUUUGUGGAAUAUGGAUGUCGUAAGAAGAAUGACUCGGCAGGUAAUGAAUGCUCAGAUGCUGCUAGACAAGAGCCCCGAAUCUGGGUGUUUCGACCUCCGAGUGUUGGAUUCUGAGAUAUUGCGUCCACCUCGAAUGCGGACCGAGACUCGGUGCGUACAUGCCAUAUCCGUGAUGAGGAUUCUGAUGCUGGUGACAAUAACAUUAGUAUUCAUAAUGAAUGAAUUACUUCUCAGGAAUCCAACCACCGCGUUCUCCUUACCUGAGGGAGUACUCCGUAUGGGCUGUGGGAAAAAGUACCUGCCGCCUUGGCACGGAAUAAAGUAUUCCCGUGAUCCGGCCUACUUUUGCCUGCGACAGGCCUUUCUUCAGUCCGCAGAGAACAUAGGAAAGGUGACAAGCAGGACACCAUCACUCGGUUACGUGCCUUGGGAUCUCUUGUCAACGCCCGGAUACACGUCGCAUCUCCAUGUUGUUCGAGACCAACUGAGUAAGAACCCUGCAGCCAGACAAAAUCGCAGUGGUUGCGCGCCCAUCAUGUACAAUCCUUACCAAGCACCGGGACAAUAUGGCGCCCCUGGAGACUAUGGUGGUAUGCCGGGUGCACCGCCAGGAAUGGCACCACCUCCUGGUAUGGCUGCUCCAGGCAUGGCCGCUCCUCCCGGGAUACAACAACAAGAAGCUCACCACACAAGUAGACCGGGCUCUUUUCCGUCCAAUUUCCAACCACCUCCCAACAUGCCCAACAUCAAUUUCUCCGCCCCCGUUAUCCGACUAGGUACCUCUGGCCCAGCGAAGCCUGAAGGCGGCCGAGAUGAGCGCGACAGGGGCGGUAGAAGAGCUGGAUUGGGCUCGGGGAUGGGUUCAGACUUUCGGGGCGGCGAAAGAGAUCGGAUUACUCAGGUUCAACCGCAGACGAAAGAAGAGAUAAUUAAGACAAUCUUUGUCGGAGGCAUCACUGAAGGAACGGGAGGCGACCAAGGCAUCGAAAGAAUACUACGCGCUGCUGGAAACCUACGACGCUGGCUACGAGCGACAGAUGCCGAUGACAAGCCGUGCAAGUUUGGAUUUGCAGAGUACGAAGACCCUGAAAGUCUCAGUACCGCCAUAGAAGUACUAAGGGAUGUUGAAGUUCCUGUCAAACGACAAACUCCUAAAGAAGCGGAUGCCGAUGAAGAGUCAAGUGUCGAAAUGUCAAAAUUAGUGGUCGUUGCUGACGACAAUUCUCUGAGUUAUAUCGAGCAAUGGGAAGAGGCUCAAGGAGGACGAGACCCAGAUCAAGCACAAAUGCGGCUCGACCAAGCGCGAAGUGCAUUACAAGCCGUGCUGAAAGACCUCACCAACCCAGCUGUGCCCGCGCAAAAAGACGAGCUGUCGAGUAUUGAUCGCGAAGGCGACGUCAACAUGACAAACGGUCAAGGCGAGGGUGCCAAUGGGGAUAUUGUCACGAUUGCCAUCAAUGUCGACGAAGAGUUAUCCGACAUCCCAGCUGAAAUGCGUGAAACUGUCGCAAAGGAAAUAGCCGCCUUCAGGGACCGAAGCAAUCGCCGUGACCUAGAGCGGCUAAGACGGGAGGAAGAAAUUGAGCAACAAGAGCGAAACCGCAUGAUGAGUGACGAACGAUAUAAUCGCCUUGCAUCACCACCUCCAAGUGCUCCCUCCGGGCCUGCCGGUGCCAACGGCGUACCAGUUGGGCCGAGGGGUGCACCUGCGGGGCCAAAAGGAUUUGGUGCGCAACUGCCCCGCGACUACCAGAAGGGAGUGACAUUCGUGAACGGAACGGCCAUCAAUGGUGCAUCUGCGUUCGAGGACGAAGACACGGAUGCAAGUGACGAAGAACUGGAGCGGAGGCGGAAAGAGAAGAAAGACGCAGAACUCGAGAAGCAGUAUCUUGACCAAGAGCGACGGUGGUUGAACCGAGAACGGUCACGAACAGCAGCCGUAGAGAGGGAAAAGACGCGUGACAUGGACGAAGCGACUCGCGCCGAGGAAGCAAAAGAGGCUAUGGCUAAGCGGCUACGAGAGUGGAAUGACGACGUUGAAUCAUCGCGCAAAACAGAAGAGUACUACGCUGACAAGAGCCUGUGGAUCCGAAAUCGUGCGAGCUUCCGCCAACGAGAGAUUGCAAACGACGACGCAGACCGCUCAGCCGAGCAACGCGAGCGUCUAAGGAAAAACCAGCAGCGCGAGCGUGCCGGUGCCAUGGCAGAUGACUUCCUCAGCCGGCAGGAAGAGGAGACCAGCCGACGAGAGCAGGAAGAAGAGCGACAACUAGUUCGUCCGGAACCCGCACGGUUCAAGCUUUCUUUGGGUGCUGCUGCGCAGAAAGCUGCAGCACAGAGCGCGCAACAAGCCACGAAACGCACGGUGGCGGAUGUCGAAGGCCUACUCGAAGACGAAGAAGAAGAAUCCAAGUCUGGCGGUAGAAGGACGCUCAUACCCAUCCAGUAUGAUGCUUCUACAACAUCAGUGAUGAGCGAAGAAGAACGUGCACAGGCGGCAAGGCAGCUUGCGGCAGAUAUCCCCAACGACAAAGACGGCCUGUGGAACUGGGAUGUCAAGUGGGACUUUGUGGAUGAAACUGUCAUUGACGAACGGCUGAAGCCAUUCGUCGAGAAGAAAAUUGUCGAGUAUCUCGGUGUGCAAGAGCAGAUGCUCGUGGAUUAUGUCGUCAAUGCCCUGAGAUCGAGGGGUAAGCCGCAGGACCUGGUGGGCGAAUUGGAAGGGGCCCUUGAUGAAGAAGCGGAAAUAUUGGUGCGCAAGCUUUGGCGUAUGCUCAUAUUCUUCUCCGAAUCCGAGAAGCGAGGACUCGCCACCUAAUGCGGCCGAAGCGGUUUUGCCGUCUCAACCUUCGGUGUAUUGUACAGCUCGGGCUAUUCUUCGAGACGGGCGAAGUUACACAAGUCCAGAAGAAUAAAUCGCCCAAGGCUCGACCAGCAAUGACGAGCUGGAGGGAAUUGACAGUGUCCUUAAUCAAAAGGCUGGAAAUAUCUACGCCCACGUAGUGUUGUACCCGUGACCUCCCAGCGAGCCAGCGAGUGUAAGACAAUCAUUCCCCAAGUCUAUCUAUACUUGCUAUGCAGAGUACCAUGGUUUUUGCACUGCCAUCUCUACGUUAGUGGGCUGGAGGUAUAUAGCGCUCCUUCUCCCCAAAGAAUCCAG